UGCGGUUAUUCCCUUAUCUCACUCCGUGACGAUACACGUGGUGUGCCACAGUCUUUAUUAACUGAAAACUAGUUGAAAAUUAGAAACUCUUUUUUCACAGAACAAUGCCAGACCUAUACCAAAUGCCCGGGUCAGCGCCCUGCCGCGCGGUCCUGCUGACAGCGAGAGCUCUCAACAUCAACCUGAACCUCAAGCUGGUGGACCUUCAGCGGGGAGAUCAUCUUAAACCGGAAUUUUUGAAGCUCAACCCCCAACACAUGGUGCCUACAUUGGUGGACGACGGCUUCGUCUUGUGGGAAUCCCGCGCCAUCAUCGCUUACCUGGUGAACAAGUACGGCAAAGGCAGUCCCCUGUACCCUGAGGAGCCGAAAGCGAGGGCCUUGGUUGAUCAACGGCUGCACUUCGAUAUCGGCACGCUGUAUCAGAGAUUUGCUGAUUACUUUUACCCCCAAGUGUUCGGUGGAGCGCCAGCCGACAAAGAAAAAGCCGCCAAAGUUGAAGAGUCCUUAAAAUUGUUGGACCACUUCUUGGAUGGACAGAAGUUCUCAGCCGGCCCCAACCUGACCAUCGCUGAUUUAAGUCUCGUCGCCACCGUGUCUAGUUUUGAGGCAUCAGACAUCGACUUCAAGAAAUACAAUAAUAUCAAGAGAUGGUACGAAACAGUGAGAGCUACCGCACCAGGUUACCAAGAAGCCAACGAGAAGGGUGUGGACGCUUUCAAGACUCUGGUCAACAGCAUGAAGAAGUAACACCACCUAUGUCCAGCUUUCUCGAAUCACCGCUUACUAACACCGUUUGUGUCAUCAUCAAAAAUUGUUGAUGUAUUACAUACAUAAAAUCACGCCUCUUUCCCGGAGGGGUUCGCAGAGACUACCUCUUUCCGCGAUCUCUGCAUACUUCCCUCGCGUUAUCCACAUUCAUUACUCUCUUCAUGCGAGCUCGGCGGUUUCGGGUACUUUUGACCUGACCCUUUACCAGGACGUCCUUAAUUUGAUGAUGUAAUGUUUUCCGAAAUUUGAAGAUCUGCUUCGAAGACCUUUGUAACUUAGCGUUUACAGUAAGAUAUCUGUUUAAGGCACAAAUAAAUAUGUUAAAUAAAA